UCGGACUUGGCGUCGGGAGUGUAUGAAGGAGGCUUCAAGGUCUGGGAGGGAUCGUUGGACCUGAUAGAAUACCUGGUGCAAGAGAAGCUCCCUGUCAAAGGGAAGAGAGUGAUCGAGCUCGGUUGUGGGCAUGGACUCCCUGGCAUUCAGAUGCUCUGCGAUGGAGCAGAUGUAGACUUUCAAGAUUAUAACGAGGAGGUCUUGAAAGAGGUGUGCUGCCUGAAUGUCCUCGUCAACUGCCCCAACACUCCGAGCGCUGUUCGGUACUUCUCUGGAGAUUGGGGGUCUUUGGCGGCAUGCACUGGGAAGGUGUAUGAUGUUAUUCUAACUGCCGAGACCAUCUACGACGACAAGAGCUCUGGGCGACUCAUAGCAUGCAUCGACGACAUCCUGAAACCCGACGGCGUUGCUUACAUAGCAGCAAAGAGCUAUUACUUCGGGGUCGGAGGAAGCACCAGACAGUUCGAGGCGCAGGUUGCGAAGUUGCUUCCAAGAAGAAAGCUGGAGCAAGUUGCUCUCAUACAGGAUGGAUCCUCCAAUGUGAGAGAGAUUCUACGUCUCUCGCCCGAGGUCGCGUGAAGACUUUCAGUGACUUUAACCAUCAUCAUCGUUGAGAUUAAAACGCGAGCGUUCAAGUAUUUGCUUACAAAUGACAGGAAUUUCAAUUAAAAGACAACAAGGCUUC